CAGCAUAUCAUCAUGCUCGUGUUGUCUUCUGCGGCAGGAUGAUGACGAGAGUCAAUUCGGGCAUCAGGAUCGACCCUUCUGAUAAGAGUCCAAGACUUGAAGAGAUGGAGAAAAUGCAAGCGACGCUGCAUGUGGGCAGUUGCAUUUCGAAACUUUGCCGGUAACCAUGCGUUCCAAACUCUGAUCAUGCUCUCCUCUCGCAAUCGCACCGAAACCAACUUAUCCUGUGGGUCUUUGGAAGCUUGUUCUGCGCUUUCACUUUACCAGGAACUACCUUGUGUAGAAAUCGAAACUACACAUUUGAUUGACCAGACGCAUCCAGCAGAUGGGCUGCACCUGAAUCAAACCUCGUCUGUCGCACGAGUCGACCUUUACAGCGGUUCUAGGAAGCCUGAUCUUGUAGACGAAGAUGAGGCGGAUGCUUGUCUGAGCUUACGUUCGACGUUUGGCAUGCACUUCUCGAACACCUGUCAGCGUUUCAAGGAACGCUCGGCAACCGAUUCUACCGGUAUCGGCUUUCUGCGCGCGUGUCGCGGUGUAUCGCAACACCGCCUUUUGUCCAGUCGCAAAGCCGUGAGCGGUGUGUUCGAACUUUAAGUAUCGUGCAGCCUGUGACCGGAAGACUAGUCUCGUCUACACGCACUCGUACCCUCACUGAGGACCCGUUACCAGGCUGACGA